UCCCGAGAAAUAAAACACCCUCGACGUCCCACCUCGCCGCCUCCGCCCAACGAACCCGACGACCUCCUCCACGCCGCCGCCGCCGCCGCCGCGAUAUAAUAAAACCCGGCCUUGGCGCCCCCCCUCCCGCCAACCUCUCAGGAUGGCCCACCAUCUCCUCCUCCCCUCCAAGCCCCUCCUGCCCGCCGCGGCCGCCGCCACCCCGCGCCGCGGCUGCGGUCGCCCCGUCGUCUCCGUCCGCGCGUCGGUGGCUGCCUCUUCGAAGGCCGCCGGGGCGGAGGCCGUGCGGUCGAUCCGCGCGCGGCAGAUCGUGGACAGCCGGGGGAACCCCACCGUCGAGGUCGACCUCGUCGCCGGCGACGGCAGCCUCCACCGCUCCGCCGUUCCCAGCGGGGCCUCCACGGGGAUCUACGAGGCCCUCGAGCUCCGCGACGGGGACAAGUCGGUCUACGGAGGGAAGGGCGUGCUCACCGCCGUUCGCAACAUCAACGAGGUCAUCGCGCCCAAGCUCGUCGGCGUCGACGUGAGGAACCAGAAAGAUGUUGAUGCGAUCAUGCUUGACAUUGAUGGAACUGAAAACAAAUCACAGUUGGGUGCCAAUGCUAUUCUUGGAGUCUCUUUAAGCGUAUGCAGGGCCGGUGCUUCUGCAAAAGGAGUUCCUCUGUAUAAACAUAUUCAGGAGCUUUCAGGCACCAAGGAGCUUGUCAUGCCUGUCCCAGCUUUCAAUGUAAUAAACGGAGGUAGCCAUGCUGGUAAUAAUCUGGCUAUGCAGGAAUUCAUGCUUUUACCCGUGGGGGCAACUUCAUUUGCCGAGGCUCUUCGUAUGGGCAGUGAAGUUUACCAUGUUCUUAAGGGCAUCAUUAAGGCGAAAUACGGUCAAGAUGCAUGCAAUGUUGGAGAUGAAGGUGGUUUUGCUCCUAAUGUUCAAGACAACAGGGAGGGCCUUGUUUUGCUUAUGGAUGCCAUUGAGAAAGCAGGCUACACUGGAAAGAUUAAAAUUGGAAUGGAUGUUGCAGCAUCAGAAUUCCUUAUGAAGGAUGGAAGCUAUGAUUUAAACUUUAAGAACCAGCCUAAUAAUGGAGCUCAUGUUCUUUCGGCCCAGUCUCUCUGUGAUCUGUACAAAGAAUUCGUCAAGGAUUUCCCUAUUGUAUCAAUUGAGGAUCCUUUUGAUCAAGAUGAUUGGAGCUCAUGGGCUUCGUUGCAAUCCUCGGUUGAUAUCCAAAUUGUCGGCGAUGAUUUGCUUGUCACAAACCCAAAACGUAUAGUAGAGGCUAUUGACAAGAAGGCCUGCAACGCUCUGUUACUUAAGGUUAAUCAGAUCGGUACGGUCACGGAAUCUAUUCAAGCUGCUCUGGAUUCAAAGGCUGCUGGUUGGGGCGUGAUGGUCAGCCACAGGAGUGGUGAAACAGAAGACAAUUUCAUUGCGGAUCUAGCUGUUGGUUUAGCGAGCGGGCAGAUCAAAACUGGAGCUCCGUGCAGAAGCGAGAGACUGGCCAAAUACAACCAGCUUGUGCGGAUUGAAGAGGAGCUAGGCAACGUGCGGUACGCCGGCGAAGCGUUCAGGUCUCCAUGAGAAACCCAGAAUCACAGACCACUUUGACAGGAGCAGUAAAAGUUUCUACAGCGGCGACAGUGGUGUACUGUGUACAUCCUUCGAUUAGAAAUAAAGGCACCGACCGUAUAAAUUCAUGACAUCUCCUUGUAGGAGUGCCGCGGCGCACCCCAAAUUUUGCAGCCUUGAUUUUAUCGCAGAUGCAUGGCAUUAUUAUCUGCAUUUGUACCCCGA